AUGUUAAGCAGAUUUUCUGAUGUGUUGCAAACUGCUGCGGACGUACUAGCUCCGCCGGCCACAAAGUAUGAAGACUUUGAAUACCAUUGGAAGAUGAUAGUGAACUUUUAUCAAGCUUAUGAUGAAACAACAAAAGUGCACAUUGAAGAUACCAGAGUUCCACAUCAUUUACAUCAGAUGUUUCAGCUAAUUGUUGAUGAAGAAAAAGAACAGCAAGGCGGAACCGUUGGGCCUUGUUUAGAAGCAGUGGUACAGAGAUCCAUAGGUGUAUUAGAUGCAUUAGCGGUUCUUGCAGUAACCGAUAGGCCUCCAGGGGCAAGAGCCAUGGCUUUGAAUUUAGCAACAACACUAUUAAGAAGAACUCAACAACCAUGUCUUAAUAGCGUUCAUGUUUACCGGCCACUGCAGAGAAUGCUUGUCCAAUGCAAUGAAAGUCCAGCGUCACCUACAGAAAAGGAGGAAGUGGAACUUCUCCUAACCAUCUGUGGUCUUGUAAGAAAAGAAUCAGGUCUUGCUAACAUAUUCACAACACCAUUUAUUGAAGACAGAAUCAGCUUAAUGUCAAUACCAGAAGAUAUUCAACAACUAAUUCCAGUUAAAAGAAAAGUUAAUAAACCAAAGAAAAAUCCGUUGUUCGAUGUAGAUAUGACGCCACCAAUAAAAAUGGCGAUUGUGAGAAAAGACAGUUUCAAUAACUCAGCGGCCGAUGACGCGUCUGUAAAAAGUCAGAAAACAGUGUAUGACGAUAACGAUAAGUUUCUCUUGAUUGAUCUGUUACUCUCAUAUUUAAAUAGUGCGGAUAACCAAGUGGUCCUACGAGCUUGUGAGGGUAUAAUGAUAGUGUCUUCACUUCCGGAGGAUGAUAUAGCCAACUUAAUAACCAGUUGUAGCCCGUGCUGUGAGACAAUUGUGGACAAAUUAUGCACCAAAUACAGAGCGAUACCAAAUGAUGUAGAUCCUAAUGAUGUUGAUCAACUAAAUAUUACUUGGGCAUAUGUCGCUCAGGAUUUUGGCGACAAAAGCUAUAACAAGUUCCAUGGGUAUAGAGAAUUAACCAGUUUCUUCUCUUGGCUUGACUACUGUGAUACUUUAAUGAAGGAAUGCCACCCAACAAUAGCUGCACACUUAGCACGUACAUUCCGGUCAAACUUCCUGGAAGGUGUAGAAAGCUGGCUAUUACCAGCCAGUAAUAAUUCGUCAUUCGUCCACCAGGCAGCGCUUACUACUGCUCUACUAGCAAAGUGUCUACGCGUAAUUGACUCUUCGGAUCUCAUCAAUGAGUUCUCCAACUGGUUGGUUGGUGAUGGAGAGGUGUCAGAAUGGCCAUUAUUAUUGGCGCUUAUUAAUAACUGCCUGACAGAAGACUAUGAUCUCACAUUGGAAACGUUAAGGUUCUUUGAGACAAUAAUAGAGCGCGGCACAGAACAUAGCAUGGACCGGAUAGUCGUGUCACGUGUUAUUUCUCGCGGGUAUUAUUCGCCCCCUGGUCCUGCCACGGUGGAUACCGAUGAGAGAGACCGACUGAAUGACCUGUCCUUCGGGCGAGAGCGAGAUAGAAAUAGGGAAGCCAUGAAGCAGCUCGAACACGAAGACGCAAUAAACGAGCAGAUUAGUGAUAUUCUGUCACACGAGGGUCUCGAUAACAAGGAACAAGGAGAGAAUGUGGAAAAUAUACAUCGAGUUAUAAAUAGUUUUUUGCUGGUUUUGCCGCGCGCGCUGUUAUCAGACCCGGUGGGGGCAGAUUAUGAACAUUAUAUACAUGAUGCCCAACGACAUUACCAGCUAUGGCUAGAUAUAACAGCAUCGUUUCAUUGGCCAUCUGAACCCAAUUGGAUGGAAAAUACAGCUAGUUCCACACACAGCUAUGACAGUCGGCCUGAAGCAGACUUUCAUUUUAGUGCGUUUGACACAUUGCACACCGAUACAAAAAAACUUCUAUCCAAAGAACUAACAGAUGAAGAUCAAUCCAAAGCACAAUCCACAGAUAAAGACGUCAAAGACGAUGUCAAAAGUGACACCUCAGAUACUACAGAUAAACGAAUACCACAGACUAUUGAAGACGAAUUUGAUGAGGGGCCGUUUUUCAAAAUGAUAUUCAAACUGUUAUCAAGGAUGCCCGAUCAACCUUAUCAAGUUAAUUUGCAUUUGACAUCGAUUAUUUCUAAAUUAGCUCUAUUACCGCAUCCGAAUUUGCACGAAUUUCUACUAAAUCCCAAUUUGCCAACGUCAAAGAAUACACGUACGUUGUUCAAAACUCUACAGAAUAUCGCGAGAAGACUUACCUUAGAAAUACCAAGGAUGAAGAAUUAUAAAAAGAUAAUUGAAGACACGAGACAGCAACUGAUGAGUGAAGAUCCUAGCUAUGACAUAAGCGGAGACCAUAAUGAGCUUGUUGAAAGCUUAAUAGUGUUAGAGGAGUUCUGCAAGGAGCUCGCUGCGAUUGCAUUUGUCAAAUACCAACACAUCCUUCAUAUGCACAGAUAA